AUAGACGCGCCCAAGUAUUGCGAGAACAGCUCAGUGUUGUGAAGCCACCAGCUGACUUGUUGUUGGGCUGCCUUGCAAACAUACUUUUACCCUAUCUGGAGAUGGAGGUUCUGGGAACACCGUUUGAGGUGGAAAGGCCACGCCACAGUCCGUUUCUUAUCGGAGUGAGCGGGGGAACAGCCAGCGGAAAGUCGACAGUAUGCGGCAAGAUCAUGGAGCUGCUCGGUCAGAACAAGGUGGACCACCGCCAGAGGAAGGUGGCCAUUGUCAGCCAGGACAGCUUCUAUGCGGUCCUGACCCCAGACCAGAAAGCAAAGGCAGUGAAGGGCCAAUACAACUUUGACCAUCCAGAUGCAUUUGACAACCAGCUGAUGUACAAAACCCUCAAGGACAUUGUGGAGGGCAGGGUGGUGGAGGUGCCGACAUACGACUUUGUGACUCAUUCUAGACUGGAGAACAAGAUCACGGUGUACCCGGCAGAUGUGGUGCUGUUUGAGGGGAUCCUGGUCUUCUACACACAGGAAGUGCGUGACAUGUUCCACAUGAAGCUCUUUGUGGACACGGACUCCGAUGUUAGGCUGUCUCGCAGAGUUCUCCGUGAUAUGAACAGAGGCAGAGAACUGGAGCAGAUCCUUUCCCAGUACACAACGUUUGUCAAACCAGCCUUCGAGGAGUUCUGUUUGCCCACUAAGAAGUACGCAGAUGUCAUCAUUCCAAGAGGAGUGGAUAACAUGGUGGCCAUCAACCUGAUCGUGCAACACAUUCAGGACAUCCUCAACGGAGACCUCUGCAGGUGGCAGCGCGGGUCGCCCAACAGCCACGCACGGGGCCUGAAGCGCGCCAUCUCGGAGCAGGCCGACCUGACGGGGAAGAGGAUGCUGCUGGAGCCCAGCAGCCGCCCGCACUGACAGGAGGCCGGGAGAGAGAUCCCAGAGCCUACUGGUCAAGGUUUUUACCAUGGGCAGAGACUGGAUCCCCACUUUUUAUUAUUUUUAACUGGUCGCCAAGUGGUUAUUUAGAAUGUUUUAUGAUUGACACUUCACACGUAGUACUUAAAAUGAAUACUGUCUUCCCUUUUUACCUGUGGAGGUGUGGUUUUAAAAUAUUUUCUUAAAUGGAGGUUGAGACUAGGGUGGUGUUCAGGUGAAUGUUUCAUAUACAUUUUGUUGUUGUACAGCCUUUUAAUGAUUGUACAUAUUGAUUUGUUUUUUGAAACAUAAAUGAGCCUAUAUUUAGACACCAGUAAUACAUUAGCUUGAUGCGAUCCAUUUUAUUUUCAUAUAAGCUUAUUUAAUAAGAUAUGAAUAUAUAUGCCUAUGCUGCUUAUUUGUCAGUGUUAAGCCUAAUAUGUUAAACAGUUUAUGGCUAAAUUGUAAACUUUUCCUGGCAGAAUUCUGUGAAAAAAAAAGUCAUGCUUCACUGUAGAUGUUCUGAUCAUUGUGCUGCUUACUCUACAUAAAAGUAUACUUACAUAACAUAUGCAAGUAUGUAGGGUAAGUGUUUCCCAAGAAGGUGACAUCACAGGCACAUCCAAUAUGUAUAGAAACUGAGCUGUUUGUUUAUUGAAUAGAGGACAAUGUGAUGUGUUGGUGGACCUUGAUCCCAAAGGGGCGAUCCAAGUGGAUCUACAACAGCAUACGAUGGAAGGACCAACACACGAGUCAUGAGGACUUCAGUCACGCGCAGCCUCUCAAUCGACGCCUGACCACUAAAUGAUUUCCUUGAUUGCCUGGUGGUUUU